UUAUUACCUGUCUUGACCUGUAAUUGGUCGGAGCGAGCUGUGCUCAGCCGAAGAAGGGAAGAAGGGGGGUUUGAACGGUUGCACUGCGCCUGAAGAAGAAGAUGAAGAAGAAGACGACGACGACGACGACUAUGUUAGGCGUCUUCAUGAUCUCUCUCCUGAUUAUCUCCAAUCCAUCAUUAUCCUUCUCUCAACAAGCUGCUGCUGACGACGACGAUCCUACUGGCGUCUGCAUAAUCGGGAGCGGCAUCGCUGGCUCUUCCGUCGCUCACUUCCUCCGCCACUACUCCGAUCACUCUUCCCCGCCGCGCACCAUCCGAAUCUUUGAAAGGCACAGUGUUGUUGGCGGAAGGAUGGCCACGGUCUCCCUCGCCGGCCAAACCUUCGAAGCCGGCGCCUCCAUUCUUCAUCCGAAGAACUACCACGCCCUCAAUUACGCUAAAUCACUCAACCUAAGCAUCAGAAAGCCCUCUCCUUCUUCUUUUUCACUUGGAAUUUGGGACGGCCAUCGCUUCAUCUUCAAAACACUGACUUCUCAUUCCAAGUUCCCCUUUCUCCAGAAGAUUGUAUCCCUGACUAAUUCAUUCCUUAUGUUCUUUCGUUAUGGCUUCUCUCUUUUCCGAAUGGGUAAUUUUGUUAAGGGUGCUGUUGAUAGUUUCUUGAAGUAUUAUGAAAGUUUUGAAUCGAGGCCGGUCUUUGAGACUGUGGAUGAGAUGCUUAAGUGGGCGGGUUUGCAGAAUCUGACUGCUCGCACAUUGCAAGAGGAACUUGUAGACGCUGGAUUAUCAACUUUGCUGAUACAGGAGCUUGUGACUGUGAUCACUAGAAUCAAUUAUGGCCAAAGUGUUGACAUCAGUGGUCUUGCUGGUGCAGUUUCAUUGGCUGGAUCGGGGGGAGGUUUGUGGGCAAUUGAAGGAGGGAAUUGGCAAAUGGCUUCUGGAUUAAUUAAAAGUUCGAAUGUAUCAUUGCACCUCCAGGAAGAAAUAAAAUCAAUUUCUUACCUUGGAAAUUAUUAUGAACUUAACUCCACCAAAGGAAACAGUUACAACUGUGAAGUCACUGUUGUCGCUGCACCUUUAGAUGAGUUAAAUAUUCAUUUCAUGCCUGCAAUCUCUAUUCCUAAGAGGAAAUUACAGCAUACCCACACAACUUUUGUGAGGGGCCUCCUGAAUCCAGCAUAUUUUGGCCUGAGUGAAGCAUCAGAAAUUCCGGAACUGGUGGGCACCAUAGAGUCUUCCGACAUUCCAUUCUCAAGCAUUUCACUGCUCAAGCAACAAACUGGUAAUGAUAUGAGCUACAAGAUUUUCUCUCGUGCACCACUGGCAGAUGCCUUCCUGGAUUCCAUUUUUAGUGUGCGGACAGAGACAGUGAGGAUAAAUUGGGCAGCUUACCCUCAUUACAAGGCUCCUGAACGGUUUGCUCCAUUUGCAUUGGAUGACCAGCAUUUGUACUAUGUGAAUGCUUUUGAAAAUGCAGCAAGUACCAUGGAGACCAGUGCUGUUGCAGCUGAGAAUGUAGCACGGCUCAUUCUAUCAAGAUCCUAUGGCCUAGCAAAAUCAAACCAGAAGAAGAGCUCUCCCUUGGAUGCAUAUCCUUUGCAUUCAGAUUUGUGAGUCAGUGUUGGAACAUCUGGCGUGUGAUAUGAACUUUUGGUAAAAAUUAAAGUUGAGAUGAGAGCAGAGGAAUUAUGGGAUUUCAUGUUCUUAGUUUUAACGUAAGGGAAUAUAAGAAAAAUGCAGGAUCCUCUUUAUCUUAUGUUUUAAGCUGUGAAUGGCCUUGUAAAGUUCUAAUAAAUACAUGUAAGCUCUAUAUUUGAUUAGUUGCAAGUUGAAACCCACUGCAA